GAAGAACUGGAUGGCCUUGCGAGGAACUACCAUGAGCGCUUCAAAAUUUACCGUGUACUCAAUCAGCCACCUGAAGUAUGGGAUGAAGGUGUUGGAUUUGUAUCCAAGGAAAUGAUCCAAACCCAUUGCCCAGCACCUGCCUCUGAUAUUCAGAUUCUGCGGUGUGGUCCACCACCGAUGAACAAAGCGAUGGCUGCCCACCUUGAUGCUCUUGGAUAUGCACCGGAGAUGCAGUUUCAGUUCUGA